CGCACAACACAUUUGCGCACGCGGUGACGUCAUUCAGAACACAACUUGAACGUACUCCUAGAAAAAGAAACUGCCGAAAGGAAGGACUUUUUGUGCUUAAAGGGGCGGAAUUUGGUGUUAAUUAGCAUCCCAGAAGAAAUUUUGUAUACAGCGGCACAACCAGAAAUAUUUCCCAAGGAAUUCGCACCCAAAGCGUAGGCAGGAGCGGUUGGUAGAAACCCGGAAGUGGCGUCUCAGGUGCCGGUGGAGGUGGAAACAUGAAGAGAACUUUUGCUGUCAAAAGGACUUCAGUACGGUUUUGACGCGCGUGGCAACUGUUGGUGUGGCAAUAUUGAACUGGAACAUACGACUGAACUCUGUAGUGACCCCGUGGAUUUGGUGAAAUCAAGAAGUAGACUGAAAAAAGACGUGGAAUGGAGAAUAUGGCGGGAGUUCCUGUUAUUCUAAAUGUAUACGAUAUGUACUGGAUCAAUGACUACACAUCACCCAUUGGACUGGGAGUCUUUCACACAGGUGUUGAAGUCAAUGGCAGAGAAUUUGCUUAUGGUGGACAUCCAUUUCCAUUCACUGGAAUCUUUGAAAUCACCCCAGCUAAUGCUGAAGAACUAGGAGAAACCUUUCGCUUCAGGGAAUCCAUUCACCUGGGAACAACUGACUUCACGGAGGAAGACAUUCACAAGAUCCUGGAGGAGCUUGGGAAGGAGUUCCGUGGAGACAAGUACCACCUAAUGAACAGGAACUGUAAUCACUUCUCAGCGGCCAUAGUACAGAUCUUAGUAGGAAAAGAGAUCCCUUCUUGGAUCAACCGCCUAGCCUACGUCAGCUCCUGCAUACCGUUCCUCCAAAGAUGCUUGCCCAAGGAAUGGUUGACACCCGCAGCUCUGCAGAACUCCAUCAAGGAACCCGAGCCAGAGAGACCGCAUAUAUAAUCAUAGCAGGGUCAACCUGAGGUCGCCUGAACUCCUGCCAAAGGGAAUUUCAUUUACAGCCCUGCCGCCCUCACUUAGGAAUUGGGUAUUGAAAAGAAGUUGGACAGAACCAACAGGGAGGAUUCUUUGUUAGAGUCCAGACAUCAUUUCAGUCAUGUUAAAACAUGUCCAUCCUAAUUAGGAUUUACAUUUCAUUUCUCUGUUUAAGUGGCUGUGCUUGAAAAUACUGUCUGCAAUUAUCAUUGAUAAACUUCUCAGUCAGGGCUUCAAACUGACCAUCAAUGUGUUACUUACACAUUUGAUUCAUUGGGCACUGUUGCCUUUGAGGUUUAUGUCUUUUGCUCAUAAACUCCAUACUUCAGCUUUGAGUUAAUGUUUGAGUAAUUGAUAAAACAGUAAUGCAAAAGUGUUACACUGUGCAUCAUUAGCGGACAUGCUUCAAACCAAAAAAAAAAAUCAGAAACCCAUUUUGUACUUUGAUCACAUGUUGUGCUAGAAAAUGUGAUCCAAACAUUUUUUUUGUGCUGCCCAAGAUCAUGGCAAGAGUUCAGGCUUACCUCCCACUUUAUAACUAACAACUUGCAAAUUUUAUAAGGUUUGACUCUAAUGACCUCUUACCUCCUCACAGGGUUCAAUAAGUCCAAUUAAUAAGGACAUUUCAGGUAGUAACUUAUGGCAACACUAACGUACAAUAAACACAUGGGAAGUCUUCUCCUCUAAGGUCAAGUAGAAUUUCUACCAAGGGGCUAAUUAUAAUCUAAUGGAUAUUGUGGUAAGGCUUUGUGUUGCUGUUGUUCACAUAACAACAUGGCAAUUAUGUGAGAGCUCACCAAAUCAGACCAAUGGAAACCAACUACAUGUAUUGGUAAUUGUAAACAAACUGAGAAUGUAAGGACUGUGCUCUGUUUAUAAUCCUAUAAACAGAGCACAGUCCUUACAUUCUCAGUAAUGAAUGGUUACAAGGCUGGGUUUGUUCCUACCCAAUUCCUUCGUAUUGGUAGUAACCAACCUCUGGAGCUUAUGGCAAUGUGAAAAUCAAGAGUUCUCAGAGUUUACAGUUGAAACAUGUAGUACAUUGUAGUAACAUUGGAAGACAGAACAAAAGUUUGUAGGUGUGAUGUAAGUUUGUGGUAAGAGCCACUACAAAAGCCGUGGACUUAAAAAUACCCGGAGUAUUUCAAAAUGUGUACAUGUAGUUCAAAGACUGGUCAUCCCAUGAUAGGAAGAAUACAACCAAAACUUUAUCAUACAAAAUUGGUAUUUUCAAGGAUUAGUGGAAAGUAAUUCUCAUGCCAGUCAAACACUGUUAGUCAAUAUUGCAAGAAUCUUGAUUAUUGUAGUAAUUUGCUGGAAAGACUGACAUUUCACAGAAAUAAGCAAACAAGAGAAUUGCAGCUCAUGUGCUAAGAUCUCUACUGAAAAAAAUAAUUUCUGCAAUCCAUUACGUUUCCAGAAAUAUGUUGUAUCUAGCACCAUUUUAAGUACAACCUGGCAGUAUAGCUUCAUGUUUAUGCCAGGUAAGAAAACUCGCAUGGCUUUCGUAGACAAUCAUGGAGGCAACAUUCUAAGUGUUCAUGUAUGUAUUUGUAUUAUUUAUUCAUGUGUCUGCUGUAAAUAGCAGUAGGGCUUAUUCAGUCAUACUCAUAGAAGAAAGGGUUUUGUGAUCUAAGUACAUUGUGUUUCUUUGCUGAUUUCCUAAAGCAAAUAUGGGAAAAAUCCUUGAUGUAAAGACAUGGCACAUAUUUCUUUAUAGACUUCAUUUUGUCAUAUUCAAAAGGCAAGUAUUAGGGCUCUACCCACAAGAGUGUUUGAUAACACCAUGGAGGUUCUACCUCCAUGAUGACACAGACUGCUAAACAUGAAUAAAGAAAGAUGGCAGACUCUUACAGAAUAACAACCAAGGCAUGGAAUAAAUAGGUAUCAUAAGGGAUCAGAUCAAGGAAGUUACAUGCUGUACAAUACUAGUAUUUAUGUUAUACCUGGGCCGCGAUAACGUUCGAUACAGGUGUUCCAGACGGCCAUUGGGCUAUCCGACCCGCGGUUGGGCUGGAACCGAGGGUGAUGCGGAACACACUGUGUUGUAUUCUAUAUUUAUUUGGGAGGUUUAUAUGGAGCAGACUGCAGUUUGCGCAAGACCAGCCUGACAUGGGAGCAGGUGCUAAUCAUGUAGUAACAUGGCAAUAGGUACACAACUCACCAACUGGGCUGAGACACAUAUGUCAGGACUUUGGGGUAAAAAGUACAACACUAUGGCCCAUUUUCUAGAUAAACUAUGAUUGAAUAAUGGAUUCUUAAAAAUGGAGACAAUAUUUGACCAUUCUUGUUUGUGUUGCAUGCUUUGUAAAAUAAUGACAAAAAAUACAGAUACGUAAGGUCUGUGAAAUAUUGGAUAAGACGAAAUAAACACUACCAAUUUGGAUACUUAUAAAAGCAUAAUUUAUAUGAUUAUACAAGGAGCUUCUAUCCUUGGAUUAUAUUAGGGUUGUAUAGAAAAUUGUAAAAAUACACAUGCUUUUCUGUAUUGUAAUACAUGUACUGCCAUCUGUAUGAUAGAAAUCCAGCUUUGUUAUUUACUACCUAUUUUGCAUCCGUUAUAUUCAAGUUUGUAAAAGUCCAUCUCUGAACUGUAACCAAGAAUAAUGGAAAGUAUAUGGGAAUGUUUACAGACUACUCCAGUCAUACUCUCAUCUGUUCUUAUAGAUGUGCAGAUACUAAAUGUGUAAGCUCUGGAUGUGGAGAUGCUUAAUCUGAAACCCUGUCCUUUGUAGUGACCUGUUCUUGUUCUACCAUAAAGUGUCAUGAUUAAUGCACUGUUUGACAUAUCUACCGGUAAUAUCCUGAUAUGCAAGGAACCGAAACACUGCCAACAGAUGAACAUGUCACAAAUACAACUUUGAUGAUGUGGCACCAAAUCCCCUAGAAACCCUUCCUUUUUCCACAAAAAUACUUUGAGGCUAAAAAGGUGCUACAUGUGGUAUGAGUGUCACUGUGGAGAAACAUGACGUUACUUGUGUGGACUGGUGAUGUGUUGGGUAAUAGUGUUGACUUGAUGUACUUUGACUUUCUCUUUUUUUUCUUUCCCUAUGGCUAUGUGUCUACAGAGAGUGAUUGUAUGGUAGUCAAUGUAGUAUUCAUGUGGACAUGAUUGGUCACAUGUAAACAUUUUCAGGAUGAAUAUAUAUUACAUCUAAAAGAAUAAAAUUUUGGGAACAUC